GUAAGAUUCAUCGAAGGUCUAUACCAAUCAGAAACCUUAAUGAAAAAUCAAGAAUUGAUGAUAUAAUAAAAGACCUGAACAACACCCAUCACCAGAAAUAUCUCAAGACAGUACCAGAAAAACAGCUAAAACGGCUACUCAAAAAGCUUCAUGAGAAGAUCUACAGCUAUGGAAAGGCGACAAACCUUGUUUCUCCUUCAAACAGUGACGAAGAUUUCAAUAAACUGGAUGACGAGGAGCUGAACAAAGUAAAAGACAAAAUGUCCGAAUCUUUCGAGCAAAACAGAGUGAAACCCGGUGACCCAGAAUGGAAGUAUGAAAUUGACGUGGAUUUUGAAGCGGGUAACGGGAAUAAACUGGAAUCAGGAUGGGAUUCAGAAGAAUCCGAAUUGGAAUUUUGAAGCCAUUUUACCUGUUUCAUCGUUCAAGUCUGUUUUAUUUUUUUGUUCCUUUCCAUAUGAAUUCACGCACUCGUUUUUUUACAGUUGAUGAUAUUUUUGAUAUUUUGUUCGAAUUAUAUAAAUUUGAUACCGCGAAUUGAUUGUUGA